GGGAAAACGUAGAUGUGCACUCGGACUCGGCACCCACGAGCCCGCCUGCACGUGGGCGUGAGUUGGCCAUCGCGCUCAAAGUAAGCCUCUUCCUCUUUAUAUACCCUCGGAGCGCCCUCUCAUCUCCUCACUUCGGCCCUACAUCACCCUCCCUCCCCCUGCUGUCCUCUUCCUUUCUCCUCAUCUUUCGAACCUACGUCACCACGCGAGUUCCGUCCACCUCACGCUCCCAUCUCCUCGUCGAGCGCGCGAUCUCGCGCCCAAACCGCCAACAUGUCGAAAGAAUUCGGCGCGGUGCAGGUGGAAUUGACGGAAGUCAAUGGAGGGUCUGACAAGGUGGGCACGGUCACCGACCAGUUGGACAUGGAUCGUGUGGGCAAGACACCCGUCCUGCGUCGCAACUUCCGCCUCGUCUCCAUCUUGGGCUUCACCGCUGUGCUGAUGUGCACAUGGGAAGCCAUCCUAUUCACCGCCAGCUAUAUUCUGCCCAAUGGCGGGUUGGCCGGCAUGGUCUGGAUGUACGUCGUCACUCUAACGGGUUUCGGGCUCGCCAUCUUGAGUAUGGCGGAGAUGGCCUCGAUGGCGCCUACGUCGGGCGGCCAAUACCAUUGGGUUUCUGAAUUCAGCCCGAGGAGCUACCAAAAGUUCCUCAGCUACAUCACCGGAUGGCUCUGCGUGCUUGGGUGGCAGGUGAACAUCUGCAGUGGCUCCUACCUGGUAGGCACUCAACUCCAAGGUAUCAUCCUGCUCAACAACCCGAAUUACGUGGCAGAGGCAUGGCACGUCACGUUGAUGAUCAUCGCCGUCGCCAGCGUGUGCAUCAUCUUCAACACCUUCUUCGCCCGGAAGCUCCCUCUGAUCGAAGGCCUGAUCCUCAUCAUUCACGUCUUCGGCUUCUUCGCCAUCCUCAUCCCCCUCUGGGCCCUCGCACCCCUUCAGCCGGCCAAGGCAGUCUUUACCGAGUUUGUCAACGAGUACGACUGGCCAACCCAGGGAGUCGGAUUGCUGGUCGGCAUCGUCGGUCCUAUGUAUUCCCUCCUUGGCCCGGACUCCGCCGUCCACAUGGCAGAAGAGAUCCGUGACGCAUCCCGUGUCCUCCCUCUCGGCAUGAUGUGGACGCUGGUCGUCAACGGACUGACGGGCCUCAUCAUGGUCAUCACGUUCGCCUUUGUCAUCCCCAAUCUCACCAUUGCCGCUUCCCCGAAAUACGUCUACUCCUACAUUGACACCUUCUACGCCGCCACCGGAUCCCGAGUCGGCGCAAGCAUCAUGACAGCUCUCAUCACCCUGCUCUGCCUCUGCAGCACCAUGAGCGCCGUCGCCACCGCCUCGCGCCAAAUGUUUGCCUUUGCACGCGACAAGGGCCUGCCCUUCAGCGACUUCCUCUGCCAAAUUCGACCCGGCUGGGACAUUCCGCUCAACGCGUUGCUCGUGUCGUUCGUCAUCACCUCCCUGCUUUCCCUCAUCAACCUCGGCUCCCUCGUGGCCCUCAACGCCAUCUUGUCCCUCACCGUCGGCGCCAUCCUCAGCUCUUACCUCAUCUCCAUCUCUUGCGUGGCGCUGCGGAAGAUCCGGAGGGACCGGCCGUUGCCGCCGACCCGAUGGUCUUUGGGCAGAGCAGGCUUGCCCAUUAACAUCGGCGCUGUGCUGUUCUUGAUAGUCGUCUACGUUUUCACAUUCUUCCCGCUCGGCAACAAUCCUACCGUUGCCACUAUGAACUGGUCGUCGGCCAUGUACGGUGGCACUGUGAUUGUCGCGAUCGUCUACUACCACAUGUACGGCAAGCACGUGUACGAUGGUCCUGUUGUGUUGUGUAAGCAGGAUUUCUAGAGAAGAGGACGAUGGACGUUGUGUAUGCAUGGAUCUGUAGCGAGAUUGAACAGUUUGUACAUGGU